AUGGUGAGCAGGACACUUGCCCUCGUGGCUCUUUUGGGUCUCGCCCAUGUCUGUCAGUCCGCUCUCAUCACGAAUCUUCCUGGUGCUCCAAACAGCAACUUCAAGCAGUAUUCGGGAUAUUACAAUGUUGGAACAAAGAAGAAUCAUAUGCUUCACUAUUGGUUUGUUGAAUCUCAAAGCAAUCCAGCAACUGAUCCAGUUCUUCUUUGGCUUACUGGUGGACCCGGAUGCUCUGGUCUUUCGGCUCUUCUUACCGAGUGGGGACCAUGGAAUGUGAACAAGGACGGAGCAACUCUCUCGCCAAACCCAUAUUCAUGGAACAAAAAUGCAUCGAUUCUAACUUUGGAAGCACCAGCUGGAGUAGGAUAUUCAUAUGCAACUGACAACAAUAUCUCAACUGGAGAUGAUCAAACUGCAAGUGAAAACUGGGAAGCUCUCGUUCAAUUCUUCAAUGAAUUCACUCAAUACAAAAACAAUGAAUUUUAUGUAACUGGAGAAUCUUAUGGUGGAAUCUAUGUUCCAACUCUCGUUCAAACAAUUCUCGAUCGCCAAGAUCAAUUCCAUAUGAAUUUGAAGGGACUCGCAAUUGGAAAUGGAUGUGUUUCAGAGAACGAAGGAGUUGAUUCUCUUGUUAACUUCUUGUAUGCUCACGGGGUUGUUGAUCAAGCUAAAUGGAAUACAAUGAAGACGAAUUGCUGUCAUAAUGACACUGAUGACUGUCCAUGGCACUCAUUCAGUGAGUUCUCUUCUUGCGGAGAAUUCGUUGAAUCCACUCAACAAACCGCCUGGAAUGGAGGACUCAAUCCAUACAACAUGUAUGCUGAUUGCGUUUCGUAUAGUUCCAGUUUGCGUUUUGCGAUGGAAUACGAAAGAAGAUUCAAUAAGAAGUAUACUCCAGAAGUACUCGGAACUGUUCCAUGUCUUGAUGAGAGUCCAGUUACCAACUAUUUGAACAGACAAGAUGUCAGAAAGGCUCUCGGGAUUCCAUCUUCUCUUCCACAAUGGUCAAUUUGCAGCAAUGCUAUUUCCUACGGAUACAAGAGACAAUACGGUGACAUGACAUCUCGUGUUCUCAAUGCUGUCAACAACAAUAAUCUUAAAAUGAUGUUGUACAAUGGAGAUGUUGACUUGGCUUGUAAUGCUUUGAUGGGACAAAGAUUCACUGACAAACUUGGUCUUACUUUGUCCAAGAAGAAGACUCACUUCAUUGUAAAUGGACAAAUCGGAGGAUAUGUGACUCAAUACAAAGGAGGAAAAGUGACAUUCGCCACUGUUCGUGGAGCUGGACACAUGGUUCCAACUGAUAAGCCACCAGUUGCUGAGCAUCUCAUUCAAUCAUUCCUAUUCAAUAAGGCUUUCUAG